AUGCCCGCUGCUGCACCACUUGAGGACCACUCAAUUGAGUUUCGAUUGGCCGUGCCUGAAGGAGAAGGGUAUAUUGGGAAUCCAGACGAUUACGUAGAUGCAGCGGGUUAUGAAGCUUUGCAGCAAAACUUGGCCGAAACUGAUAGCGAUGGGCGGCGAGGAGCAUCUCCCACAUCAAAAGCUUCUGUAGAAGCAUUAGAAACCACAGAGAUUAAGUCAGAACUGGAGGCAUUGGCUUGUGCUGUAUGUAAAGAUAUAGUUGGUGUUGGAGAAAUGGUAAAGAAAUUGCCUUGUGGACAUGGAUAUCAUGAGGAUUGUAUCAUACCGUGGUUGGGGUCGAGAAAUUCGUGCCUUGUAUGUAGGUAUGAGUUGCCGACAGAUGAUGCAGAGUACGAGGAAGAAAGGAAAAAGAGAGCUACUGCUGCCGCUGCCCCGAGUUCUUCUUCCGGUGGCAUUGGCGGUAUUAGUGGUGAUUACGAGACUCAGUUCUUCUAA